CGAAAAUGCUGACAGACAUGAUUACGGAGGAAGAGUUCGAAGUCAAAGAGGAGGAACCGUGGUACGAUCAGCGGGACCUUGAGCGUGAUCUGCAUCUGGCUGCUGAACUGGGCAAGACCUUGCUCGAACGGAACCAUGAGCUGGAGGAGGGGCUUCAGCAGAUGUACUCCACCAAUCAGGAGCAGCAGCAGGAAAUAGAGUACCUGUCCAAGCAGGUGGACCUCUUGCGGCAGGUGAAUGAGACGCAUGCCAAGGUGUACGAGCAGCUGGAUGGGGCUGCUCGGGAGCUGGAGCUGGACCAUAAGAGGCUGGUCCAGGACAAGCGCACCGCCCAGCAGAGGAUCCAGAGACUGACAGAGACCAUCGAGGGCCUGCAGUCCCAUGUGGAGGACCUGCAGAGGCAGGUGGAGGAGCUCCAGGUGGUCUCGCCAGACCCGCAGAGCCGAGUGCAGGCUGAGCAGAGGUGCACCCUGGGAGCCCAAAGUGUGUGCUGUCUGAAGGAGCUGUACCACAGCCGGCGGGACAGAUGUGCAUCGCGUGACUGUGCCUGCGAAGGCGACGCCUGGUCGUCAAUGGACACAAGUCAGGUGGAGGAGGAGAACGGGGCCCUGAGGUGUUCGGUCCACACCCUGCAGAAGCAGCUGGGGGCGGAGUGGGCGCGGCGGGAGGAGGCGGAGCGGGAGGCGGAGCUGACGGCCCAGGAGAUCGCUGAGCUGGAGCAGCGGCUGGCAGAGCUGGAGGUCAGCCAUGGGCCAGGGCGUGUCAGGGAACUGGAGGCCGAGCUGGAGGAGCUGAGGCGCAUGUGGCGCUCUGAAUCAGCCAGCUCCAGGAAGGUGGAUGCCCAGCCGCCUGACUCAGUAUUCUUCCACGGGGACGAGGGGGCGGGGCACGAGGAAGCAGAGGAGGGGACCGAGGCAGAGCUGGAAGCAGGGCCAGAAUGGAGUGGGCGGGGCCUGAAGGGACUGCUUAAGAGCCCCAGCGCAGAUGAGAUCCGGAGGGGCCACGAGCUCACCUGCAUCCGCCGCGCCCGGGCCGCGAAGCAGCGCGGCAUGUCCCUGCUCAACGAGGUGGACGCCCAGUACAGCGCCCUGCAGGCCCGCUACGAGGAGCUGCUGCGCCGCUGCCAGCAGGGGGCGGACAGACAGAACCACAAGGCGGUGCAGACCCCAGUGGCCCAGGCCUACGCCCGCCAACACCGGCACUCUGCCUCCACAUCACCUGCCCACCCCCACUGCCCCGGUGAGGAGGACGCCCAGCAGCCUGAAUACAGGGCCCUCUUCCAGGAGAUCUUCACCUGCAUCCAGAAGACCAGAGAGGACCUGAGUCAGGCACAGUAA